AUGAGCCAAAGAGUCCGCAAUGCGCACGGCAAGGGCGCUUGGCACGGUGAUGGGUACAAGACCACAGUGGUUCUUACAGGUGUGCCCAGAACCUUUGAUGAGUAUGGAACUCGCUUGCCCACAUCGGAGGUUUUUCAGCCCUGGCGUGAGGCGUAUCACGGAUGGAGGAGCUCCGAAACUCAUCAAGCUCAAGGUGACGCAGGUGGCAAGGGCCAAUGGCAGUACCAAGAGAAGUGGUAUGGCGGAGGUGAUCUCUAUGACAAACCUAGGUGGAAUGGCAAUUCCAGCGCAUGGUUUGGGGGAUCUCCGAAAGAUCAGUGCUGGCAGUCUGACCAUGGGAGCAGGGAGAACUAUCACAUGGAUCGGACGUGGGAACGUGACCAUCGCUCUUGGGACGGGUCGGUGCGUUGGGAUGGCACUGCAGCAGGCCUUUCAGUUCCAGAGGAAGCAAGGGAUAUCACGCCUUGGGGCCUUCAGGAAGUGGAAGGUUUUGGGGAUGCAGCUUCGAAUGGCACAGGAGCCACUGAUCAGGAUCCAAAGGGUUCAGCUUCAGAGCAGAUCCCUUUAGACGCUCCGAAGUUUUGUGAGGCAACUUUGGCUUCCCUGGCAGUGACAAACUAUGCCUGCCCCAAGUGUAGUGCUUGUUUUGCCAAAUGGUCAGCCUGCCAUCGUCACAUCUUCAGCGAAGCCAAGUGUCGAAAGGAAGUGGCCGAGACAGGUGCAGAUCAGGAUCUCCAGGCUAUUUGCAAGGCAAAGGCCCAGGAAUUCCCUGCCGAUGAGUUUCGGAAUGGCCGGAAUGGCCACUCGAACGGCCCACAGCAUGCUCGGGACUGCAUCAGCGCAGCCUAUGUGGAAGCCACCUGCAACGCCAACUGUAUUGGCAUGGUCAAGUUGCUGGGCGCCAACAGUGGCUUCCUGGCGAUGAACGCGACCAUGGCUGCCCGCAAUGUGGAUAUCUGUCUGUUGCCCGAAAUGGAAAUUGACCUGGAGAAAGUCUUGCUGCACUGUGAAGAGGUCAUGAGCAGCAAGGGCUAUGCCGUGAUCGUGGUGGCAGAUGGCGCCAAGCAAUCCCUCAGCCAGUACGGUAUGGCCAUGGAAGGCGACGUGGGCCCGUGGCUGCGGGACCAGGUGUUGGCCCGUUUCAAGGAGAAGGGCAAACCACUGACGAUCAAAUAUAUCGACCCCACAUACAUGGUACGUUCGGUGAAGGCCAACGCCUACGACAGCGCCUACGCCAGCGCCUUGGCGGAGCACGCGGUGCACGGUGCCAUGGCAGGGCUCACGUGCGUCUCGGUGGUGCGGAUGUACAGCAAGACAGUGUAUAUCCCAAUCCACGCAUGUGUGACCCACGCCAAGCGGGUGAACCCCUUGGGCCGCUGGUUCGGCCGCAUGGCCUUCACCACGGGGCAGCCACGCUUCGAGCCCGCAGGUUUCAAGUAUCCACCCAUGCCCAAAGAUGGCGCGGAGCCCAAGCCGGGGGUUCGCAAGGGGAGGCUGUGGCUGUAG